GGCGACUACAAAUAGCGUGGACUGGCUCGCAACGGGUUUCAUUCCAAGUUCAGUGCAAGUCGUGAGCGGUUCUUUUCCAAUACGGAGCUUCCAUUGUGUUGCGCGCAUGCGUCUCUCUCUCUCAGCCAAUUUGAAAUCGUGAAAAAUCCUUCUGCCAUACCACCAACAUCACUACACAUAAACACACACACGCACACAAACGCGCAGACACUUCCAUACGCAGCAUCGACAAUUCUGUCACUGCGAAGAAAAAGCAAAUUAAUAAAUAAUCGCUGCCUGUGAUUUGUUUACGUUUUUUUUUCUUGAUUUUUUGUAUCGUGCGAGUGUGAACUCACGAAUCCGUGCAGACAACUGACUGGAAGUGAAUAUUAAGAAGAAGGGUGUGGACAGACAGACAAAAACGCAGGAACGCACGAAAAGACGCACACACACACACUGGCAAGCGGACCGGCAAAAAGCAGCCAAAAAAGAGAAACGACAAAGAGAGUGCAAAAAAUAGAAAAGGUCGCGCGGCGCCGGUUCUUUCUCCUAAGGAUAAUCGAAUCAAGCGAAUCGGUAACAAGUCGGUAAUUAAGACGGAAUCAAAGUCAUCAGAUCAUCAGCCAGGAGCCACAAAGAAAGCACCAAGAAUCAGCUCGUCCGAAGAAGAGAGGACGACGGCCUAAACAUGGCUCCCAUAAGCACCAUGAACGGCCAGGGCCUGGUCCAGGGGCAGGUCUGCGAGCUGGGCCAGAGCAACGGGGACAUCAUUUCACAGAACCAACAGAAGGGCUGGUGGACAAUCGGGCUGAUCAAUGGCCAGCACAAGUACAUGACUGCGGAGACCUUUGGCUUCAAGUUGAACGCGAACGGAGCCAGUCUGAAGAAGAAGCAGCUGUGGACCCUCGAACCCUCCAACACCGGUGAAAGUAUUAUCUACUUACGAUCUCAUCUGAACAAGUACCUAUCGGUCGAUCAGUUUGGCAACGUUCUGUGCGAGAGCGAGGAGCGAGACGCGGGUAGCCGUUUCCAGAUCAGCAUCAGCGAGGACGGCAGCGGCCGUUGGGCGCUGAAGAACGAGUCGCGCGGCUACUUUCUGGGCGGCACGCCCGACAAACUCGUCUGCACGGCCAAGACGCCCGGGGCCAGUGAGUUCUGGACGGUGCAUUUGGCUGCACGGCCGCAGGUCAAUCUGCGAUCGAUCGGACGCAAGCGGUUCGCGCACCUGUCCGAGUCGCAGGACGAGAUCCAUGUGGAUGCCAAUAUACCCUGGGGCGAGGAUACGCUCUUUACUCUGGAGUUCCGGGCCGAUGAGGGCGGGCGCUAUGCCCUCCACACGUGCAACAAUAAAUAUCUGAAUGCCAAUGGAAAGCUGCAGGUGGUGUGCAACGAUGACUGCCUGUUCAGUGCCGAAUAUCACGGCGGACAUUUGGCUCUGCGCGACCGCCAGGGCCAGUACUUGUCGCCCAUCGGCUCUAAGGCUGUGCUGAAGUCUCGCUCCUCGACGGUGACGCGCGACGAGCUCUUCUCGCUGGAGGACUCGCUGCCCCAGGCCUCGUUCAUUGCGGGCCUCAAUUUGCGCUACGUGAGCGUUAAGCAGGGCGUCGAUGUGACGGCCAACCAGGAUGAGGUGGGCGAGAACGAGACAUUCCAGCUGGAGUACGAUUGGUCGGCGCAUCGCUGGGCCCUGCGCACGACACAGGAUCGGUACUGGUGCCUCUCCGCCGGCGGCGGCAUCCAGGCCACCGGGAAUCGACGCUGCGCCGAUGCCCUGUUCGAGCUGAUUUGGCACGGCGAUGGCUCGCUCUCGUUCCGGGCCAAUAACGGCAAGUUUUUGGCCACCAAGCGUUCGGGCCAUCUGUUCGCCACCUCCGAGUCCAUUGAGGAGAUAGCCAAGUUCUACUUUUACUUGAUCAAUCGGCCCAUCCUGGUGCUGAAGUGCGAGCAGGGAUUCGUCGGCUAUCGCACGCCCGGCAACCUAAAGCUCGAGUGCAAUAAGGCCACCUACGAGACCAUCCUGGUGGAGCGGGCCCAGAAGGGGCUCGUCCACCUGAAGGCGCACAGCGGCAAAUACUGGCGCAUCGAGGGCGAGAGCAUCUCUGUGGAUGCUGAGGCGCCAAGCGAUGGCUUCUUCUUGGAGUUGCGCGAGCCGACCAGGAUCUGUAUAAGGUCGCAGCAGGGCAAGUAUUUGGGCGCCACCAAGAACGGCGCGUUCAAGUUGCUCGACGACGGCACCGACUCGGCCACCCAGUGGGAGUUUUAAGCGAUCGAGAGGUAGAGAGGGCGACAGGGCGUGCUCCAUUCGGGGCGCGCAUCAUCAGUAUCACAUUUCCAAUCCCAUGUGCCGAACGAGAGUCCAAACUGAAGCUGACAAUUCGCACAAGAAAUGGAUCCCAAUAAAGAUUGCUAAAGGAGGAGGAAAACAUGAGAACGAGGGUGGAGGAGAAGGAAGAACACUUAUAUAUACAUAUAUAUAUAAAUUUAAAGAUCUACGUAUAUAUAUAGAGAGGGAUUUUUUUUAAACAAUCUAUUUAGCUUUUUUUACGUUUUAUACACAAGCAAGAAAAACAGCAAUAACAAAUUUUUAGCGUAAACAAAAAAAUACAAAGAAGAAAACAAAACUUUGGUCGCGAGUCCUUCCGUUCUAUCAGAAAUAUCAGCCACUAAGCAAACGAAACUUGAAACUCACAAAAGGUCAAAAGACAAUUACAUAAAGGCUACGCAAGCACAUCAUAUAUACACCUACAUAUAUAUAUGUAUAUAUACACACAUAUAUAUAUUUAUAUUUGAUUCGUCAAGCUUAAAUUAAAAUCGAAAUGGGAGAAAAUGAGAUAAAGGGAACGAAGCCCCGAAGAUAAGAGAAAAGAAAAUCAAGACAGAAAGCGGGAGAGAAAGGAAGUUAAAAAAUAAAUCAACACAUAUUCCUAUAAAUUUAUUUAUAUAUUUAUAUAUACAUAUUGAUAUGAGCAGUAGCCCCCCUACACUUACACCUACACCCAUACCUAUACCUAUACCUAUGUAUACCCUAUAUACACAACCAAACCACACCCACACAAACACUCUCAAGCAAGCAAUUUUAUUAUGCAAAACAAAAUUUGUAGUCACUAAGCAAUCCAUCAAAAAUUAAUCUGUAAUAAAAGAAGAAACGAAUAAAAAAAAUAAAAAUAAAAA